AUGGUGCUGUUACCAGUUGAUAGCAAUCCUGAUCUCAAGACCAAGCUCAUUGAGCAAGAUGUCCUCCAGGAAUCCCGAUUGCAACCAAUUUUCUUAACUCGGGUCGAAGUCAAUGGUGGUGAAGAUUUCAGUUAUCAAUUCUUUAACAAGUUGUUAUCCCCCUUGUUAACCACUGGUGAUUACACCUUAGCUCAAUUGACUUUUCGAAUCAACCAAUCAUACCGCCAUUUGAAAGAUACGGGGGUUUUCAAAGAUGUUGGUGUAGUAUUGGAACCAGAUUACUAUUCCAAUGUACCUGCCCACAUCACCUCAUUCAAUCGCGAAAAAUCCAUUCCUACUAAAGUCAUAUUCGAUGUAUCCAAUGUCAAUUUAAAUAUUAAUGAUUUGUUCUUGAACUUCAAUAAUGAAGAAUAUGUCAAUUUAAAGUUGAACCAUAUCGAUCACAAUUUCAAUGAAAAUGCCGAGUUGGUGUCUGUUGGUGUUGACUACAACCCAUACAAACCAUAUGACCAUUUAUUAACCAAUUUGAAAUUCAUACUGGGCUUGAAAGACCCUCGAUUCAAGUUUUUAAUUGACGUGGGGUACAACACUAGAGAUGAUUUAGGUUGGCAAAAUUUUUUCAAACAGAAUCAAUUAGGAGGCAAAAUUGGGUUGCUAUACAAGACCCGACGUGAAUUUGAUAUAUUCACUGGGUUUCAAUUGCUCAAGCGAAACUUGUUUGAUAUUGAUGACGGAGCCAAUGAUGAAUUGAAAUGUUUUGGAGGAGAUUUCUUGAAAUUGAGCGUCUUGAAUAAGUUUAGAUAUCAACAUAUCGGAUACUUGAAUCAUGCGACAAAGAAUUUCCCAACUAGUGGUGGUAAAGUUCAAAUUGAGACUGAGUUGACAUCUGUACAAGAACAGAAUAAUGCUGCCAACAGAGGUGAAUUUAUCAAGCUGCAAAUAGGAUUUGAUUUGUACAAAUCGGUAUUCAACAACUACAUUACAGCAAAAUUCCAAGGUGAGCUAGGUGGAAUCUUUACAUUUAACUCCAAGUUCCCCAUCCACCCAUUAGAUAAAUUCUACCUCGGUGGGUACAAUUCAUUUGCCGGGUUCAAGAAAAACAGUGUUGAACAACAAGGCGGGUUACAAUUUUACAAAUUACAAGCAACUAUAUUCACCAAGAUUCCUCAUUUCUUAUACUCCCCUAAAUUGAAUUCUGAAAAUAGUGAGUUGUUAAUCGAACUGAAUCCAUUGAGAUUAUAUGCCACUGCAUUGAUGGGCAACUGUAUCCCGGCCACAUACAAACAAAAUUUUUGGAACGAUGAGAAUCCAGCAGUGUCUUAUGGGUUUGGGUUGAAAUACUUCAAUCGUUGGGCUAAUUUUGACAUUGGUUAUUAUAUUAGUCAAAAAGUUGGAGUUGCAAACUUUGAUGGCGUAAAGAAUGGGUUGCUGUUUUCGAUAUCAAUUGGUGCAUCUGAUAGUUAG